AAAAAAACUGUUUUUCAAUUGUAAACAUUGUUUUUGUGUCAACAAGUGUUUAGUGGACUCCCGAAAAACCGCCGCAUUUUAUUCGGUGAUCAAUUGGUUAACCCAACGAUCGGACAAAUCUAUCUAUCGAUUAAUCAAUCAAAUUGGUGGCCAAACAACAACAACAAACACAUUGAUUGCGGUAAUCAUAAUGCCGUUUGAAGACAACAACAAAUCGGAAACUAUGACCGCGAACGACGGUCCGUGCGAAUUGGAGUCACAGUUUGUACUUCGGUUGCCAUCACUGGCAGCGGCCAGUCUUCGGGCAGCCGUACGGUCAGGUGUUAUGAAUCUCAAGGAACGGCUGACCGUCCAGAUUGAACCCGACAUCCGACGCGGUACUGUCCGAUUUGAUGGCUGGAUAUUGCCGGCAAAGAUUGUCGAUUUACCGACAAUUAUCGAAUCGCACAAAACAUUGGACAACAAAAACUUCUACAAAACGGCCGACAUUUGCCAAAUGAUGAUCUGCAAGGAAGAGAUGGACGAUCCGACCGGUGCCGGCGGUCAGUCGGGUGCUGCCGAACCGGACGACACUGUCAAUCGUAAGUCAAAGGACGGCAAAGACAAGAAACAUUUGUUUCCGCACGGCGUGACUCCGCCGUUGAAAAAUGUCAGAAAAAAACGCUUUCGAAAGACACUGAAGAAAAAGUAUGUGGACUUUCCGGAGAUUGAAAAAGAGGUAAAACGUUUGUUUCGUACGGACAACGAAGCCAAACAUGUACGCUAUGAAGUGGUCAACGCCGAGGAUGAACUCAAAGGAGACCAGAAAGCUAGCGGUCCGUUGUCUCCGUCCACCGCAAUGGGCGGCAACAGUGGUCCCGGUUUUGAUGUCGGCGAACACGAUCUGUUUGGCGAUGUGGUCAGUUCGAGCGAUGAAGAUGACACCCGUGGAGGUGGACGUCCCGAUUCGGGUGACGAUAGCCGCAUGUCGACCAGCAAUAACCGAGACUCGAUAUUUAAGGAUAAGAGUUCACCGGAUAAAUAUGUUACCGAAUUUUCUAAAGGAAUGCUAUCGGAUAUGCCGUCCGCUGGCGGUGCGUCCACUUCGGCGGCGACCAAUAAUAACAACAACUAUGGCUACGAUAUGGAGUCCGAAUCGACCAGUGCUGUCGAAGGUAUGGGCGCUAUGGGCGAGUCGCUGGCCGCCGAAGACACAGCCGCUACCAGUGCACUGGAAAGAGGUGCCGAAAAUGAUCAUCUGAUGGAAAAGUUACGCGAAAUUGAAGACGAAAUCACUAGUUUGCAGUCGCAGCGACUGAACCAACAGAUGGAAAUGGAUAACAUCGAAAAUAUGGCACUCAAACAGCGAUUCCAGAGUCAAAUCAACGAACUGAAGGCUCAAGAGGUGGCCAAACGACGCGAACAGGAAGAACUGUUGGCUAUUCUAAAUGAGUGAUGGAUCUGAUGGGAAGUCUUCAUCAAUAUUAUUAUCAAAUCAUCUGAUAUAUAAUGUAAUCAUUAUUAUUAUAAUUAUUUAUCCAUUUA